AGCGGCCAGUUUCUUUGGAUGGAAUGGGGCUAGUCGGAAACUAGCACCGAGCUUUGAAUUGAAUUUGAAGUUUUUGGUCAAGAUAGUCGCGACUCGUCGGAGAGUUCAUUAGAGAGCGGACUGAAAUGAAACGCGAUGUCCGGAUACUGCUGUUGGGGGAACCCAAAGUGGGAAAGACGUCUCUCAUCAUGUCUCUGGUCGGAGAGGAGUUUCCCGAGCAGGUUCCUCUCCGGGCCGAGGAGAUCACUAUCCCUGCAGACGUCACACCAGAAAAAGUGCCCACACAUAUAGUCGACUAUUCAGAGAAUGAACAGACUGAUGAAGUGUUGAGGGAGGAAAUCGUCAAGGCCAAUGUGGUGUGUGUGGUUUAUGAUGUCACACAAGAGGAAACCAUUGACAAGAUCAGGACUAAAUGGAUUCCUCUGGUGAACGGAGGCGCUGAAAAAGGAAGCAAGAUUCCCAUCAUCCUGGUGGGCAACAAGUCUGACCUGCGCUCUGGCAGCUCCAUGGAAACCAUCCUGCCAAUCAUGAACCAGUUUUCAGAGAUUGAGACCUGUGUAGAGUGCUCGGCUAAGAAUCUGAAGAAUAUUUCUGAGCUCUUCUAUUAUGCUCAGAAGGCGGUUCUUCAUCCCACUGCUCCUCUAUACGACCCUGAGGACAAACAGUUAAAGGCGCAGUGUGUUCGGGCUCUGAGUCGGAUCUUCAGCAUCUCUGACCAGGAUAAUGACCAUAUACUCAGUGACGCUGAACUCAACUGUUUUCAGAAAUUGUGUUUUGGGAAUCCGCUGGCUCCUCAGGCUUUAGAGGACGUGAAAACCGUCGUGUGGAAAAACACUAGCGAUGGCGUUCAGGAUAACGGACUCACGCUUAACGGUUUCCUGUUCCUGAACACACUCUUUAUCCAGAGGGGACGUCAUGAGACCACCUGGACCAUCCUCCGUAAAUUCGGCUACGAUGACACACUUGAGUUGACUGACGACUACCUCUAUCCAGUAUUGCGAGUUUCAGUGGGCUGCACGACGGAGCUGAAUCAUCUCGGUCAUCAGUUUCUCCUGAAGCUGUUUGAGAAGUAUGACGAGGAUAAGGAUUCGGCUCUCUCUCCCGCAGAGCUCAAGAAUCUGUUUGGUGUUUUACCCUACAUGCCCUGGAGCUCCACGGUGUACAGUAACAUCCCGCUGACGGACGACUGCUACAUCUCUCAGCACGGAUACCUCUGCCAGUGGAUGUUAUUGGCGUAUCUGGAUGUGCACCGGUGUUUGGAGCAUCUGGGUUACCUCGGCUAUCCCAUACUGAUGGAGCAAGAGUGUCAGACGUCCGCCAUCACAGUAACCAGAGAAAAGGCUGUAGACCUGGACAAGCGGCAGACUCAGCGCACUGUGUUCCUGUGUAAAGUGAUUGGUCCACGGGGAACCGGGAAAACAGACUUCCUGCGAGCUUUUCUGCAGCGCAGCACUGAGAGAAGUGAUCGUGAUCCCGGAGCUCCUUCAAUAUAUGCCAUCAACACAGUCUCCAUCGCUAAUCAGGACAAAUACCUGAUCUUGGAGGAAGUGGACGUGGAGACAGAGUUUCUGAAAGCGGCAGAUGCAGCGUGUGACGUGGCGUGUCUCAUGUAUGACGUCAGCGACCCCGACUCCUUCAACUACUGCGCUAGCAUUUAUAAACAGCACUAUAUGGACAGCGGGAUCCCGUGUGUGGUGCUGGGCUCUAAAGCUGAUCUGGUGGAGGUCAAACAGCAUCAUGGGAUGAGCCCGUCCGAGUUCUGUUACAAACAUCGUCUGCCUUCACCUCUGCAUUUCUCUGCGCUGCUCACACACACUCACACACACAUUUACAGCAAGCUCACCUGGGCCGCCAUGUACCCGCACCUGAACGGAUCAGACAUGAGCAGCACGUCUUUCUGGCUUCGUGUGACUCUUGGAGCCACAAUAGCGGCCAUGUUGGGCUUCGCUUUGUACAGAGCCUUUAGCCGACACAAAUGAUGGCCGUUCUCUCGCUAUACGUGCAGAUAAACACACACUCCUCCAUUUCCUGCGCUGUCUUGGCCUUACUGACUCACUGUGGCUUAACAAGGGUCCUGUUAGAUACAGUGACGACAACAGAAUAAGCAGAUGUUUGGACUAAAGUAUUACACGUCAAUAAAUUCCCGAGCUCACAUCAGUCGAGCCCUGGAGAUGUUUUUUUUUUCCAGCACAUUUUGAGGAACAAUAUUGAGGUUACGUUUUUGAAUUGUGAGAGUUUGUGUUGUGUUUAUAAGCUUGGGAAGUCAAGUGUAUUCCAUGUGAACCCGUAUUCGGUUUCUGAAGCGUGUUUUCAAACGCAUGCUAAUUGAAGCUCGUUUUCGUAUUUGCAUAAAAAAGGUCAUUUCAAUUUUUUUAUCUCACAACUUUCUUGCUGUUGGAUAUUUCCAUGUCACGCAGUUUGGAUUUUUGUUUUCAGAAUUUAUAUAUUUGUGAGACUAUUUUGAUUUCUAAAUUUGUCGCAAUUUAAUGCAAGUUUGCAUUGCCGUUUUAAGCGAAAUUUUUACACUCUGAAUUAAAACUGCGAGUUUAUAUCUUGCAGUUUAGAAUGUUAGUUUUUACGUUCUGAAUUAAAUUAAAAUUGCGCGUUAUAUGUUGCAGUUCGGAACGCAAGUUUUACGUUUUGAAUUAAAUUAAAAUUGCGCGUUAUAUGUUGCAGUUCGGAACGCAAGUUUUACGUUUUGAAUUAAAUUAAAAUUGCGCGUUAUAUGUUGCAGUUCGGAACGCAAGUUUUACGUUUUGAAUUAAAUUAAAAUUGCGCGUUAUAUUUUGCAGUUCGGAACGCAAGUUUUACGUUUUGAAUUCAAUUAAAAUUGCACGUUAUUUCUUGCAGUUCGGAACGCAAGUUUUACGUUUUUUAUUAAAUUAAAAUUGCACGUUAUUUUUUGCAGUUCGGAGCGCAAGUUUUAUGUUCUGAGUUAAAUUAAAAUUGUGCGUUAUAUGUUGCAGUUCGGAACGCAAGUUUUACGUUCUGAAUUGAAUAAAAAUUGCGAGUUUAUAUCUUGCAUUUCGAAAUUUAUGCUUUAAAUUUAAUUAAAACUGCGUUAUAUUUUGCAGUUCGGAAUGCAAAUUUUUAUGUUCUGAAUUAAAUUAAAAUUGUGAGUUUAAAUCUUGCAUUUCGGAACUUAUGCUUUCAAUUUAAUUAAAGCUGUGCGUUAUAUCUUGCAGUUCGAUUCGCAUAUUUUUACAUUCUAAAUUUAAUUAAAACCGAGAGUUUAUAUCAUGCAGUUUGGAAUUUUAGCUUUUACGUUGUGAAUUAAAUUCAAAUUGCAUGUUAUAUCUUGCAGUUCAGAAUGUAAGUUAUACGUUCUAAAUUAAAUUCAAAUUGCCUGUUAUAUCUUGCAGUUCAGAAUGUAAGUUUUUGCAUUCAUGAAAACAUAUACAUUUUUUUUUUUAAUUUAAUUGUGAGUUUAUAUCUUGCUGUUCAGAAUGUAAGUUUUUAUGUUCUGAAUUACAUUUACAUUCUGAAUUAAAUUAAAAUUGCACAUUAAAUCUUGUGUUUUGCAAUGUAAAUAUUUACGUACUGAAUUAAAUUAAAUAGUGUGUUAUAUCUUGCGCUUCAGAAUAUAAAUUUUUGCGUUCUGAAUUUAAUUAAAAUUCAAAUUGCGUGUUAUAUCUUGUGGUUCGGAAUGUACGUUUUUACCUUCGUAAGAACAUUUAAAAAUAUACUUUUCUUUAUUCCGAAUUUAAUUAAAAUUGCGAGUUUAUAUCUUGCAGUUUGGAAUUUUAAUUUUGACAUCCCGAAUUUAAUUAAAAUUGCGUGUUUAAAUCUUGCUGUUCGAAAUUACAUUUUUUAAUUCAGAAUUGAAUUGAAGUUGCAAAUUUAUAUCUUGCACUUCAGAAUGUAAAUCUUAAAAUUCUAAAUGUUUUUAAAAUUGCGAGUAAAUAUCUGGUGAUUUAUAAGUUAAAUAUUAAAAUUAUUACAAUUUUAACAUUGUUAAAUUAUGAGUUUGUCUUGCAGUUUGGAAGUUAAAUCAUACAAUUACAACAUCUUGCAAUUUCAAGUUUAUAUCCAACAGUUCUUACAUUUAAAUCAUGCAAUUUAAGUCAGAAUUGUGAGAGAUAAACUUUAGAAUUCAGACUUGUAUGUCGCAAUUCAGACUUUGCUUUUCUCAGAAUUGUGAGUUUAUACCUCAAAGUUCACAAUUUAUAUCUGCAACAUGAACAAAAAAAAGUGAGAAACAAACUCCCAACUGCAAAAAGAAAGGUAUUAUUUGUGAGAUAAUUGCAAUUACCUUUUUUAUGUUUUUAAUCUGUGAAGAAAAUUCGGCUUCCAUUGCAUCUCAGUGUGAGGUCGGUUAUUCAGUUUUACCUCAGCCGCUUCAGGAAAUGCACUUAAAUUUAAUGUAUAAUUCAGUUUUUUAGAAUAUUUGAUAAGCUGGGUUAAAUAUAAAUUACGCUUUACUAAUAUUCUACAUAUCUACAUAUUUCUGCUGUGAAUUUGGGUGCAUUUUUUUAAUCGGCUGAAGUAAAACCAACAAGCAUUUCCAUUAUUACAUGUUUCUAUGUGCGGACCAUGACUGAUAAAUAAUAUUUUUAAGACCAUCGAAGACCCAUUGAUGCUUUUGAGAAUCGCUAAAAUGGUGCUUUUCUGUUUGUCUGUAUAUUUACUAGAGGACGAAUGAUCACUGAUUUAGUUUAAAACUCCAUUAGGGCAUAGAUGGUGUUUCUAAAUGUAUUUUAAAUCCUAUUUUAAGCUCUAUUGCUUCAGACGGAUUGAGUUCAGAAGCAGAACCAUUACUUAUUGACAGAAAUAGAUUAUUGUUCAAACUGGAUCUCAAAACUGUUACCAAUUAUUGAGCCUCAAAUGUUUCUUUAUAUUCAGAGUUUAGUUUCUGAGACUGAUGAGUAUAGAUAGCUGUAUGACUGCGGCUGUGCUGAUUUAUUGGUUUAAUUAUCAUAAUAAUUCCAAUAUUUUGUUCAGUAUUAAAGAUGGUGGGCUCAACUUUAACCCCACCCCCCAGGCUUGUAAUCUGGUCUGCCAUGCUCUUCCAGCUUCCCUAGCCAAUGAGAUGCUUGGAAUGAAGACAGUAUAUGCUCUAUUAGAAAUAUUUUGUAAUAAACUAGCCAUUUUUUUCUGCC